CAUCACCAGCAGCGUCGCCAGCAGCGUCGCCAGCAGCAGCGUCCCGACAUGUCGGCUCUCUUUGACCAGAAUCCGUACCAGUCGUACUCGGCCGGUGGCCAGGAGGACUCGCUGCAGUUUACCCAAUUCAGCUAUGGCGAGCCCUCCGGCGCCUCCUAUUCAUCCUCAUACGCCCACUCGAUCCAGCAACAGUCCUACAACCAGGCCUCGCGGAUGCACUCCUCAUCGCCGUCCGAGUUUGACUGGAGAUCAGCUUUUGGAACUGGUGGUCUGGCUGGGGAGCCGCCUCUGCUCGAAGAGCUUGGAAUCAACUUUGAGCAUAUAAAGAACAAGAGCCUCACGGUUCUCAACCCCUUCACGAACGUCGAUCAGCACAUCAUGGACGAUACCGAUUUGGCCGGGCCGCUCAUUUUCCUCGGGCUCUUUGGCGGUUUUUUGCUGCUGUCGGGCAAGCUUCACUUUGGAUACAUUUACGGCGUUGCUAUGCUCGGCUGCGCUUCGAUGUAUGUCAUCCUCAACCUAAUGAGCACCGACGGCAUCGACGUUUCGAGAGCAACCAGCGUUCUUGGAUAUUGUUUGCUGCCGAUGGUGCUGCUGAGCUCAAGCACAGCCCUUCUCCAGCUCAGCGGCUUUGGCCUCGGCAUCAUCGGAUUCGCUUUGACGUGCGUGUCGGUUCUCUGGUGCACGUAUUCGGCCUCCCUCAUGUUUGUUACGGUGCUACGCAUGAAGGAGCAGCAGCUCCUGGUGGCCUAUCCUGUCGGCCUGCUCUACAGCGCCUUUGCCCUACUGGCGAUGCUGUGAUGUGCCCGCUGAGACAUAUGCACCAGGGCCAAUAGAACGACCCAAUGCAAAAACAGGAUUUGAUUCCAGAGAAUCAUUGGUCCGCUUUCCAAGGCGACAGCGUUGAAAGACAAGGCAGCACACUGUUGCUUUCGGGAAAAGCACGGCCAACAACGACCAAGUGGGUUGAAUCAUCUCCCGGAGCGCCCGUCUCAUGGCGCCGGUCCGGCCAAUAUUCCGACAUCGCUGCGAUCGAUAUCUCAUCGGCCGGGUGCAUGCGUCACAGCAGCGGCACAAGCGCGGACCAGCGCCACAUCAUUCCAUCCGCCUGCUUCGUCUGGGAUGGGUCACGUGCCAUUCGGCUGAUCCGGCACCGAGCCCGUUCAAGCCGAUUGACCCAGCGUGCUUGCUGU